UUUUUUGCUGUAAAAAACAAAACUGUCGAUUUUAAAUCAUUUGAAUCCGCAGCCUUCGUUCCACCGAGAUGGAGGGAAGUACAAACUUUUUACAGCCGCCUUUCAAGCCUACAGUGGCUCCUGUGUCACUUUGACCUGGAGGAAACAAAAAGACACGUCAAGUAAAGGAUCUGUCAUUUCUUCAUCUGCUGCUGACGCUGACUGUUAUAAUAAAGCCAGGGCUUCCACUGGAAAAAACAAUGCCAGUUAAUGUGUCCUGGAAGAUUUCAAUCUUCUUCUUGGCAUCAUCAAGGUGUUUUCAGGACCAAGAUGGACACCUUUGACAACAACGGGACCAGCACAACCAAUUAUAGUGCCUUCUACUGUCGCUUUCAAGAGGAUUUCAAAUAUAUUCUCCUUCCUGUCAGCUAUGCUCUGGUCUUUGUAAUUGGCCUGGCGCUGAAUGCCACAGCUUUAUAUGUGAUUGUGUUCCGCACUAAGCGCUGGAAACCCUCCACCAUCUACAUGUUCAACCUGACGGUGUGCGACACGCUCUACAUCCUCACCCUGCCCUUCCUCAUCUAUUACUAUGCAGACGAGAACGAUUGGCCCUUCACCGAACCAGUCUGCAAGAUCAUACGCUUCCUGUUUUAUACCAACUUAUAUGGUUCCAUUCUGUUCCUGUGCUGUAUCAGUCUGCAUCGCUUCAUUGGCAUCUGCUAUCCAGUGCGCUCCCUCCACUGGGUCAACGCACGUCGGGCGAAGCUGGCAUCCGUGGCAGUGUGGGCCUUUGUUUUACUCUGCCAGGCACCUAUUCUCUACUUCUCAAGAACAAGGGAUAUAGAGGCUGAGCAGCGGGUCUGCUACGACACCACCAGCCCAGAGCUCUUUGAUGACUUCUUGGUGUACAGCUCAGUCGUGUCAGUGCUCAUGUUCGCCCUGCCCUUCAUGGUGGUGAUGGUGUGCUACGGCCUCAUGGUGAGGAAGCUUCUGGAGCCUGGCUGGGGGUCUGAAGGGGGUGAGAGGGGAGGCAUGUCCGCCUCACGUUCCAAGCAGAAGUCAGUGAAGAUGAUCAUCAUCGUGCUGGCAGCGUUCAUGCUCUGCUUCCUGCCUUUCCAUCUCACCAGGAGUCUCUAUUACUCCUUUAGAUACCUGCGGCAGGUCAAUCCAGACCAGAUCAGCUGUACGUUGCUGGAGGCCUCCAGUGUGGCCUACAAGGUGACUCGCCCUUUUGCCAGCGCCAACAGCUGUUUGGACCCCAUCCUUUACUUCCUGGCUGGGCAGGACGCCCGCAGUAACCUCACCAAGAAGAUCAAGUCAUCUAUAGCGAAUCCAACAAGUAUGAGCGAACGCUUGACAACACAAUUCUGAUCCAGUAUCUGAAACUAUCCUGGUUAAAAUGAGAAAAGGCUGUGGGGACAAGUACGGUACUCAUACUUAUUGCUGGUGUCUUCUGGUAGAUGUGACACCUCGUACACUGACACUGACAGAGGUUACAUUCAGAUUUACAUCAUUACACUGCUUGAAUUAAAAUAUUGACAGUAUGAUGACUGAAGGUUAGAAAUAAACAUUUAAAUCACAUGGUGCCCUCCUGACUGGAGGCACUAGAGGCCAGUAAAGGAUUUUUAUACAUGUGUUUUGUUAUGUUUAAUAAGUUAUGGUGAAUGGACAAAACUGAACUACAUGGUUGUUGUUAAUGAUUCUACUGGAUGACUGCACUACACCAGCCUUAUUGAAAAUGUGCUGUAGCACUGUGUGUGCGUCACUCUGUGUCUUAAUAUGUGAAGGAACUCAAAAUUAUAUUAUAAAAAAAACAUUUUGACAGAAUGUUUGUAGAGAUACAUUUUUAUAAACUGUCUCAUGUACAUACUGCAUUUGCUUAAUCUAGAUGCCAUAAUUUGUGUAAAGUAAAAUAUAAUUCUUCAAAAUGGCUGUAAAAUUAGUAUAUUUUUCUAAGAAGAGUAGUUGAAGUAUGUUUCAUGAUUUCCUCUGAUGUUAGGUCACUGAUUUUCUCUUAGUAAGUGUCAUUAUUAAAACCACACAGCCUCUGAGCAAUUGAGCUAUUUGAAACCCCAGGAAGUAAGUUGUCACAUUUUUUGUUAAUGAGUUUUGAAAGUAUAAACUGUGAUUUGUGGGAAGAGUAACCUAAGUUGCUCUGCAUCUGAGCCACUUGGUAAAUCUAAAAGUUAUCGGCUACACGGAGACACUACAGGUGAAUAGGGUCAAUUUAGAGUCACUAGUUAGCCUGCAUGUCUUUGGACUGUGGGAGGAAGCCGGAGUACCCAGAGAAAACCCACGCUGACAUGGGGAGAACAUGCAAAAUCCACACAGAGGGGCUCUUCCACCCUCGGUAUGAACCAAGAACCCUCUUGUUGUAAGGCAGCCAUGCUAUCCACUGCACCACCAUGCCGCCCAGGUAAAGAAAUAUUUUAGAAUUUUAUGGGAUGUACUGGUGCAGCAACAAGUCUGGGGCAAAAUCAAUUUGUAAUACAGAGCUUCAAACUGUUACCGUUGUGUUGUUUACAUGCUCUGAGCAAUGAAAUAUAACACAUCUUCUUUGUAGCAUCCAUGCAGUUUCCACACUAUGACUUAAAGCUCAUGAACACAGAAGAACAACUUCCGAACUGAGGAAUCCAAGGAGCAUGUAAACGCAGCAUUAUAUUAAAACAAUCAGUUUUGGUAUUACACAUUUUCUGAAAUGUUAUGCUUAAAUGUGCAUAAGCCACAUUACCUAAUUAAAUAUGCACCACUUUGCAUACAUUUCAUGAACACAAAUCUGAACUUUGUUCAAAGCCAGGUUCAAAUGUUUGUCUUUAAAUUUCGUUGACAUAUUAAAAUGAAAGGUUUUUACAGAGGGACUCUUGGAUAUCUCUUUUUAUCACUCCAUAAAUCAGAAAAUACUGUUAACAGCCAUAAAAAAAUCUAUUUUUGCCAUGUUUUUGAGGAAUAAAAUGUUCUCUAAAUCACCCCUCAGUAAAAUCCUUCCUUAAAUAGCUGGUAAUAAAACAGGAAGGUUUUGUGUGUAAGUGCUACUACAGUGGAGAUGUUAAGCUCAUAGUAUGAGAAGAAAACUCAUCUUGAGAAAAUGGCCUUUAAAGAUAUGUAUUGUAAGAUAUUAUACAUAUCCAUCCAUUUGUAACUCUUAUCCAAAGCCGGGUCGCGGAGGCAGCAGGCUGAGCAAAGUAUUGCAGAUGUCCCUCUCCCCAGCAGCACAUUCCAGCUCCUCCUGGGGGACCCUAAGGCGUUCCCAGGCCAGAUGAGAAAUGUAAUCCUUCCAGUGUGUUCUGGGUCUGCCCCGGGGCCUCCUACCACUUAGACGUGCCCAUACACAUUUUUAGACCAAAAUACAGGUAAAUAGGUUAAAAGGUUUCAUAGAAAUUGGCAUGAAACUUCCCCAAUUCAUCAAGACAAUAGUUUUCUGAAAUUUUAGUUUCAAACAUGCAAAUGAGUCGUUAUCUAAUUAAAUAUGCACUUUCUGUAUAGCUUUUCAGGACAGAAAUCUGAACUAAAAUGAAGACUUUAAUGUAUAUUUUGGUCUUUUCCCCUCUAGUCUGAAAGAUGACAUAGUAUGGAAGCAAAAAAUGACCUGUGCAUGAUAAAAACUGUGUAGUGUCUCCCCUUGGUGGUCACUUUAUCGAACAAACACCAGACCACCACUAGAGGGCAACACUGCCAAACAAACAAGACAGGCCUUUGCUCAUGUCACUUUAGCUUUAACCACAUUUCUGACUUUUUAUAGUUCACUUUUUAGUCAUCCAUAGCUCACACAUUCACAGACAGCAAAACACCAAAGACUAAAAACCCGCAUCACUGUAUGUCUGUAGCAAGAACAGCAAACAAGACAGUGUUUAAAAUACACCUCUUCUUUAUUUCAAGAGUAAAAACAUCAUCAUACAGAAAUAAAAUGGAAUAUUAUAAAUGCAAAUCUACAAAGUUGAUGAGAUGAAUGCUUGUUUCCUGUCUUCCUACCAGCAGUACUUCAGCCUGAAAACAUGUAAUAACAAUCCUAAUAAUAGUAAUAAAAACAGAUCAAAUGAAAAUGUGUAACUGCUGUAACCAAUAAAUAUUCCUCAUACUCCUCAUAACAUAAUAAUAAACUGUGAAAAUGAGUGAAUAAAAAACCUCCAUGAUUAUAGUACACUCUUUAAAACCCAUGAGGAUGUAAACCGAAGCCAACUGAGCUGUGUGUGUUUGAGGCAUCGCAGCCACUAAUCCUCUUCAGCCACUGGUUGGUUUAUUUAAUUAAACUGUAAAAAAUAAA